CAGACUGUCCCCACGUAGCAGACCGGGCAGCGGUAGCCGAGUGCCAUUUUCAGUUUUCAAAGCAAGCGCGCAGAGCCAACACCAGUGACACACGCCGGGGACAACGUCUGAGACCUUGACAUCUUCAGAUAAACACAAGCACUCAGGUGCAAGGCACGUAGGGCAGACGUAGGGCAGCAUUUACGUGAACCGUCGCAGCCCUUUCUUCUAACAAGCGCCUCGCGCGAGUCUUGGCAGCGUCAGUACUGAUGACAUUGACUCGACGUGCCAGUGCAGCUGCGGCCGCAAAUGGGGCCCAGGUCGCAGCGCCUGUGCAAACGCCGGCAAUAGCAAGAGGCGGGCGUGCAGCUGCGUCCAAGGCGCGAGCAGCUGAGCCAGAGGUCGCUGUUGCCGCGGAAGAGCACGGCGACGUCAUGGCUGUGGACGCCACAGUAACUAUAGCAGCGACAGUGAGCAAACGAGGGCACAGCUCCGCGUCGGCUGCAAAGCAGCAGCCGGCCGUGGCAUUUGAGGAGCCCCAGCAACAAGAGCAGCCCGCGAAGCGGCCACGUGGCCGGCCGCGGAAGUCGGUGCCCGCGGAGCAGGGUGUGGUUGGGGCACCAGCGCUGACGCCCGGCAAUGCAAGCACCGAGCAGGAGGAGAUCGAUGAGCCUGCGGCCAAGCGCGCGAAGAAGGGAGGCCGGACGCCCAAGCCGGCCGUCGCCGCGGCCGCCGCCGCCGUGCUUGCAGGCGCCGAGGAGGUGCUGCGGCUCACGUCGCCCAGGCGCUCUCCGCUGGCCCCAGUUAAAGACUCGGCCCCGGCCGCCACCUCCAGCGACAGCGCCAACGGCACGACCGAUGCGCCCUCCACGGCCGCCAACGGAGCUCCCGGCGCCGGCCCGGCUGACGCCUCGCACCAGCUGCAGCCGCACGACAGCAGCACUGCCUCUGUAGCAGCCGGCAUCGGCGCCACCGCGGCUGCCGCCACCAUGCCGGCGACUGUGUCGCCGGUGCUGGUCGGUAGCCCCUCGCGAGCGACCGCGCGGCCUCUGCUAGCGUCGCAGCUGCUGCGCAGCCCGCCGGCCUCACCGCGCCGGCCGCUGGUAGCCACCGCCGCUGCGGCUGCGGCCGCUGCAGCGGCCAAGGCUGCUAGCCCCAAGCCAGCGCCGGCUGUAGCGGCCACCUCUGCAGCUGACCCGGCAUCGACGGCAGCAGUGGCCGCACCUGCGGCAGACACCGUGGCAGCACCCACAGCCGGAACGACCCUGGAACAGACCGUCGCGCAGGUGCGGCGGCUGCUGCAGACCGGCGCCCUGGCCGGCACCCUGCUCAGUAGCGCCGCAGCGGCCGGCGCCGCGCCUGACUCCAACAGCGCCAGCGCCGCGACCGCACCUGCCGCGGGCACUGCCGGCAACGGCGCCAGCACCUCGGGCGCGGAGCCCGCCGGCCGUGCGGUGCAGUUCAAGGAGCUAUGCGGCCUGGUGAACCAGUGCUGCACCUCGGGCCGUGGCACGGCCGUCUACAUCAGCGGGCUCCCAGGCACGGGCAAGACCUACACCGUCACGCGGCUGCUGGCUGCGCUGCCCGCCCUGGGCGGCGCCGCCGCGACCUUCUGCGCCGCCACCGUCAACUGCAUGACGCUUGACGACCCCGUGGCCCUCUGCAACCGCCUCAACGACGAGCUCAGCCGCGCAGCCGCUGGCGGCGGCGACGCGGCGUCUGCACCCGCCUCUUCGGCGCCAGCGCCGAGCGGCGGCGGCGCGGCGGCCGAUGCGGCGGCGGCGUACGAGGCGCUGGUGUCGAGCCUGACACGGCUGAGCGUCGUGCGGUCCGGAGCAGUCGGUGCUGCCGGCAAGGCGGCGGCGGCCAAGGGCAAGGGCGCCAAAGCGGGAACCAAGCGCGGUCGCGGCGGCAGUAAGGCCGCGGACGAGCCUGCGGAGGUGACUGCUGCUGGUGCUGCCGGCCCCCGGCGCCGUGUGUUCGUGGUGGUUCUGGAUGAGGUGGACCGGCUGCUCCGGCGGCGUGACGGCGGCGAGGACCUGGCGCGCCUGUUCCAGCUGCCCUCCGCACCCGGCGUGUCGCUGGUGCUGCUGGCGGUGGCUAACAGCCUGGACCUCACGGAACGCAUGAUGCCGCUGCUGCGCUCGCGCGGCCUGGCGCCCCGCCACAUGGUCUUCACCGCAUACAGCCGGCCGCAGGUGUUGGCCAUCCUGCAGGCGCAGCUGGGCGCGCACCCGGGUGGCCGGCGGCUGUUUGAGGACGGCGCGCUGGACAUGGUGGCAAAGUCCGUCAGCAGCAGCAGCGGCGACCUGCGCCAGGCGCUCAAGGCCUGCCGCACCGCGCUGGACGUGCUGCUGGACCACAACCGCGCCAACCCCGCCAACCCGCGUCCCUCGGUAGGCAUCCGCGAGCUUCACACCGCGCUCCAGCGCAUCAGCGCCGGCAGCGGCGCCUCCGCCGCGGUGGCCAAGAUCAAGGGCCUGCCGCCGCAGCAGCAGCUGGUGCUGCUGGCACUAGCCACCGCAGUGGGCGCGCGCGCCGCCGCGGAGAGCGGCGGCGCAGCCGCCGUCGUUAUCCCCGGCCCCGGCGGGGCCGGUGGCGCCUGCGGCGCCGGCGGCGGUGGCUUCCAGCCCGGCGGCGCGGUGUUCACGGGCUCCCGGGCCAAGUUCAUGGACGCAGUGGCGUUCCGCGAGAUCGGCAACCAGCAGCCGGGGCCGGCCGCGGGCGCCGCCAACCCGGGCGCCUGCUUCGGCGAGGCGCCGCAGCCCGCCGGGCCCACGCCCACCAAGGGCGGCAAGGGCGUCGGCGCCGGAGGCGGCGCCACGCCCUCCACAGCCGGCGGCCGCGUUCGCGGCGUGACGGGGCCGGGCGGCGCGACGCCGCCGUCCCGCACGCCCGCCAGCCGCUCCAUUCUGGCGGGUGACGCGGGCCUGGCUCUGGCGCUGCCUGACGUGUACGCGGCCUACAGCGCCAUGUGCCGCCAGCUGGACAUCCCCGCCAUGUCGGAGAGCGCGCUGCGCACGGACGCGCUGCCGGGGCUGGACUGCGACGGCCUGCUCAAAGUGCAGGAGGGCCGCACGCCCGCCGCCACGCGCCUGACGUUGCGCACCAUGGUGAAGGACGUGCAGGCGGCGCUGGCGGACAACGUCAUGUUCAAGAGGCUGCUGGGCUCCAAGGCGCCGGCGCCGGGGGCCGGAGCGGUGGCAGCAGCGGGGGCGCCGGGCGCGGGUGUGCCAGGGCAGGCGGUGCGCGCGUGAGCAGGGUGCUCUGGGUGCGCUGCGGUGAGGCAGGGGGCGUGGCGUGUGCCGCCAGGACAGUGCGUGUGUCGCCAGGACAGGGCGUGUGCCGCCAGGACAGGGCGUGUGCGGUCAGGACGUGACUCUGAUGCGCAGGUGACGGCUGCAAGCGCGGAUUGACAAAAACAAAAGGACUAACAUUUUAGGCAGAGCGGGGGUGGCCUGGGGGCAACAGCACCAAGAUGAGUAUGCAGGAGGCUGAGUGCAGUUGUAGCAGUGUUCGGCUGUCUCUUUCGGCGCCGUGCGUACUUGCGUAAUGCUCGUCACCGCAGAUAUGGUGCAGGUUGUGUGCCAGGUUCAGCGGAGUGGGGCAAGGAGUGGGGCGGCAUCACCGUUGGUCGCACAAAGCGAUCAUUGUGCCCACGGUUGUGACGCAAGUUGUAAGGAGCUGGAGUUUCACAGAUUCUC